CACAGCAAGCAGCUUCACCUACAUUUAUAUCACAACGUCUUACAAUCAAUGCAAGAGAUGAGCUCAUCACCCGGAGUGGUCACCAUGGCACUACCACCAAGCUCGCCGGCUCUGGCAAUGCUUGCUGCAACCGCGAUUGCGUUGUUGGUUCUCGUGGUGGUCUUCUACCGGAGAAACAAAGUCGUCUCCAAGGGCAGCCUGCCACCGGGGCCGCAGGGGCUGCCGGUGGUCGGCAACAUCCACCAGAUGCUGGCGAACAAGCCGGUGUUCCAGUGGGUGCACCGCUUGCUCGCGGAGGCCGGUGGGGACAUCGUGUGCUUGCGCCUCGGUUCCGUCCACGUGGUCGCCGUGUCGUGCCCGGAGAUGGCGCGGGAGGUACUGCGCAAGAACGACGCCGUCUUCGCCGACCGCCCGACCACGUUCGCCGCCGAGUCUUUCAGCGUGGGGUACCGCAGCGUGAGCAUCUCCCCGUUCGGGGACCAGUGGAGGAGGAUGAGGCGCGUGCUCACCUCCGAGAUCCUCUCCCCGGCCACCGAGCACCGCCUCCGCGCCGUACGGGAGGGGGAGGCCGACCACCUCGUUCGGUACGUCCAUGCUCUUUGCGGCCGCGGCCCUGGCGUGGUCGACGUGCGCUUCGUCGCCAGGCACUUCUGCGGCAACGUCAUCCGGAGGCUCACCUUUGGGCGGCGCCAUUUCCGUCAGCCGCCGGCCAUUUCCGACGGCGGGCCGGGGCGAGACGAGGCGGAGCACGUGGACGCGCUCUUCGCGGUUCUCAACUACCUCGACGCGUUCUGCGUCUCCGACUACUUCCCGGCGCUGGUCGGCCUCGACCUGGACGGCCACGAGAAGGUCAUCAGGGGCGUGAUGAGGACGCUGAACCGGCUGCACGACCCCAUCGUCGAGGAGAGGGUCGAGGAGUGGCGGCUGCUGCGGGAGGCCGGCGAGCCGCGCAAUGUCGCGGACUUCCUCGACGUCUUGGCCUCCCUCGACGACACCGCGGGGCGGCCGCUGCUCACCGUGGAAGAGAUCAAAGCUCAAACCAUCGACAUAAUGAUAGCGACGGUGGACAACCCGUCCAACGCGGCCGAGUGGGCGCUCGCGGAGAUGAUGAACCGGCCGGACGUCACGCGGAAGGCGAUGGCCGAGCUCGACGCCGUUGUCGGCAGGGACCGCCUGGUGCAAGAGUCCGACGUCCGCGACCUCAACUACCUCAAGGCGUGCAUCCGGGAGGCGUUCCGGCUCCACCCGUACCACCCCUUCAACCCGCCGCGCGUGGCCAUGGCCGACACGACCAUCGCGGGGUACGCGGUCCCGAGGGGCAGCCAGGUCAUCCUGAGCCGGGUCGGUCUCGGCCGGAACCCCAGAGCGUGGGAGGACCCGCUCGAGUUCCGCCCUGAGCGGCACCUGGGGGCGACCGUGUCGCUGUCGGAGUCGGAGCUGCGGUUUAUCUCGUUCAGCACCGGGAGGCGGGGCUGCCCGGGACUGUCGCUCGGCACGCUCAUCACCGUGAUGCUGCUCGCGAGGCUCCUCCAGGGGUUCGUCUGGAGCAAGCCGCCCGGCGUCGACAGGAUCGAGCUCCGGGAGGCGGCGACGAGCCUCGUGCUGGCCGAGCCGCUGGUCUUGCAGGCGACGCCGCGGCUGCCUGCACACCUCUAUGAGGCCAUGUGACAGUUGUAUCGAUAAGCACAUAUGUAGUUGCAUCGACGAGGACAGCAGCUCGUUUUGCUACUUUAUGAGAGGAGUACAUGGAUGAAUAAAGCUCGAACUGGAAGACUUGUCUGAACCACACGAUAUCAGUGAUACGCGUGUUGUGUACUGAAUAAUAAUUAGUUGUCGUGCAUGUACAUCCCGUGGUUACUGUGUUGUGCCCGUCCUGUACAACUAUAGCAACAAUGAAGAUGUCCAUGUUACAAACUGAAGGUUCGUUCGUGGUGUUUGUACUCGACGAAUGGAACAUCCAACCUC